UACAGAAUUUAUGACGGGUCACGACUGUCUUUAGGUUAUCUGUGGAAUAAUUAACUCUUAAAUGUCAAAAACAGCUGUUUAUUGCUAUAAAAUAAAAUUAUAAAUAUAACCAAACAAAAUGAGAUUUACGAAACUAUGUCAUUGUUUAACAGUUAAAAGUACAUUGAUAAGCAAACGUGGCCUAGUAUCAAAGUCUAGUGAUAAGUGGCAAAGUGUAGUUGGUUUAGAAGUGCACGCACAAUUGAAUACUGAAUCAAAGUUAUUUUCUGGUGCUCAAAACACAUUUGGUGGUGUUGUUAACAAUUGUGUUUCCCUUUUUGACGCGGCUGUACCUGGAACAUUACCAGUAUUAAACAGAAAAUGUGUUGAACUAGGCAUUAAGACUGCUUUGGCCCUCUCAUGUAGAGUUAAUGAGGUGUCGACUUUCGAUAGAAAACAUUAUUUUUACGCCGAUUUGCCAGCCGGUUAUCAAAUAACACAGCAAAGAGCGCCCUUAGCUAGCGAUGGAGUUAUUAAUUUUCAGGUUUUCACACCCGGUAUUCACAAAAAGCCAUACAAGAAAAGUUCUAAGAUCAAGCAGAUACAGCUGGAACAGGACAGUGGCAAGUCCCUGCAUGACACAGAACUGAAGCAGAGUCUUGUGGACUUGAACAGAGCUGGCGCACCGCUCAUAGAGCUUGUCUUUGAGCCAGACUUGGAGGAUGGUGAGGAGGCAGCUGCAUUGGUUAAGGAGUUAGUGCUGAUUGUGCAGCGUCUCGGUGCGUGCACAGGGCGUAUGGAAGAGGGAGCGCUUCGUGUUGACGCUAAUGUGUCGCUCCGGCGCCCCGGCGACCCACUCUCCACUCGUACUGAGAUAAAGAAUAUUGGUUCGAUACGCGGCGUGGCAGGAGCAAUACGGCAUGAGAUUGAAAGGCAAAGGGUGAUUUUAGAAAAUGGCGGACGCAUCAUCAACGAAACUCGUUCGUGGGAUGCGGCCGAAAAAGUCACCAUAUCCAUGCGAGACAAAGAAGUGGUCCAGGAUUACAGGUACAUGCCAGAACCCAACCUACCGCCGCUCCGUGUCAACCUAAAAACCAAAGACGACCAUCAUGACGUCCUCAGCGUACCACUCAUACAAGAGCAAAUACCAGAGCUGCCCGAACAGACGCGACUAAAUCUAAUGCAACAAUACCAACUGCGGCCCGACGCGGUCAUACAGCUCGUCAACGAACCGACGCUUCUAGAAUAUUUCCAACAACUCAUAGCAGACAAACCAAGAAAUCCAACUAAAGUUUCCAACUUCUUACUUAAUGAAUUAUUAAUGGUACUUAACAAGAGAAAACUAGAUGUAGACGACUGCACAAUAACAGUAAAACAGAUAAGGGAACUAACUGAUAUGCUCCUGCAAAAUGAAAUUAAUUUGGAAACCGGCAAAAACAUUUUAGACGAACUCUUAGAAUUAGCGGAUGAUGACGCAUCGCCUUUAUCGAUAGUUGAAGAUAAGGGUUGGAAGCAAGUUACCGAUGAAAAAGAAAUAACUAAAAUGUGCAUUGAAAUUGUAGAAAACAACCCAAAACUUGUAAAGCAGUAUAAAGAUGGAAAAGUAAAAGUAUUGAAAGCUUUAUUAGGCAUAUUGUCUAAGAAAUCUCAAAAUAAAAUCAACAUGGCACUAGCUUCUAGUAUAUUGGAGGAGGUGUUAAAAAAAUGAAUUUUUAAUGUGUAAAAAAUAAAAAAUAUUCAAUGAU